AUGGGCAAAACCACGGCUCGGACACGCACCCAUGGAUCAUCGAUCGAUCCUAACCCGCAAAAGGAUACCGCCGGUCCAUCACGCAAAGCAGCCGGUAAACGAAAAAAAAGAGGAGAAGAGGGAAGCGAUCCUUCCCUUACAAAUGCUGAGAUCAAAACCUAUCGCUCCAAUCUUCGGGGUCGCGCAAUCCGGCCGACAAAAUUCUACCAUAAAAAGUCCAUGAAAAAGCUUGGGGUGCAUGAUGGUGUAUACCAUUUGUUCAUAAAACUCGGUUGGCGUGGUUUUCUUCGACUUUGUGACAGAACUUACGAGGAACCCACAAUGGAAUUUCUUAGCACAUAUGCACGAGAUGAUGACACGGAAGUCCUCACAUUCCAGUUGAAAGGGGAGCAUCAUAGACUCACAUACGAAGAGCUUGAUUCUAUCAUGGGUAUAGACGAUCCAUUCCGCAUCAGCCCCCAAAAUCAAGAGUACCAAGAUUUUCUGCGUUACCCUGAUGCAAACUUUUGGAUGCAAAUUUCCGGUCUCCCAACCUUCAACCCAAGCCGACAGCGAGCCAAGCACAUCGUUCACCCCUGUUGGCGAAUUGCUCACCGAGUCCUUACGACGAGUAUCUUCGGGCGUCUCGAGCCCGGUCAAAUCAACAGAUGGGAAAUUUUCAUCGGGGGACUUAUCACGAUCAUAGGUCGAGCCGUCGGCCUAGACUUCCCGGAUCCCGAGUACAUACCUGUCGACACCCCACCGAACUUCCUGCUAGAUUGUGACACUCUCAUCCGGAUGGAGAUGUUGCUCGAUCGGGGAACCCGCACGUACAGUUGGUUAGACUCUGACAAAGCCCCGGUUUACAUCCUGCCAAGUUGGAUCGGUUCUUCAUUCGAUACAGGCGACCCCGACACUUGGCUUCCUCCAGAUCAAUUGACCCAAGCAGGUGUAUUCCCAGAAUUCGGUGAUGAUGAGGGUGACGACGCAGAGCAACAAGAGGAAGAAGAUGACGAAGAGAACGACGAGAUGCCCGAAGCUGAGGAUCAUUUUGACCAGCCCUCGAUGCAGCAGCCGAUGUUUCCGCAUGAUCAAUUCCAGGCCCCUCCACAUCAUUUUGACCAGCCGCAUCAGCAGGAGGGACACGAAGUCCCACCAUAUUUCCCCCCCAUGUGGUUUAAUGAGUUGACCAACAUUGACCGGGUGUUGACCACACUUGUAUAUGGAUUAAAAACCUCCAGCAACUCUUCUUCUUCAUUUCAUUCUCUCAAAAACCCCUCAUUCUCUCUCAAACUCUCAAGAACACAUAAACCCACUUUUCACAAAAAUUUGAUUUCCCGGAGUUCCACCGGUCGGAAUACGACGAGACCACCACCAUUCUUCACCAUUUUCCGUGCUCUACAAACCCCACCUAAAGUUUACUCCGAUCCAUCGCCGGGUCUAGGGGCGCCACCACCACCCAACUCGCGGCUUUCCGGCCAUUUUCCGGCCAACUCCCACCACCUCUCGAAAUUCCGACACACCAAAGUGUUUCUUUUUCGGGGAUCUUUACAUCUAACCAAACAAAACCUCAAAAUCUCACCAAAAAUUUUCCCAUAA